CAGAGAGCCAAGAUGGCCGCCGCGCAGAGUUCCCGAGGAUGAAACUCGUCGUAGUCGCCUUAAAACCAUCGAGACAUCCUGUUCCAGGCCGUCGGUGCUCUCUUGCUCAUCGGUUGCAACGCUUUUUCUCGCCGCCUUCUUCGACACCAAGAUGAGGUUCUUCAGCCGUGUUGGUGCCGGUGCGGCCCUCCUGGCCGCCGUCCCCUUCCUCGAGGGAGUCGCAGGCCAGACCGACUGGACGAGUCCGGAUACCGGCAUCGUCUACCAGUCGUACACGGGCUCUACGGGCAUGACGUACGGUAUCGCUCUGCCUACCGACUCACUGACUGUGGACGCCACCGAGUACCUUGGCUACAUUAACUGCCCGACGCCCGCUGGCGAGGAUCAGGGAUGGUGCGGUCUCUCGCUCAUGCCCAGCAUGACCAACAGUCUGCUGUUCAUGGCCCACCCGUACGAGGGCGAGGUCCUGACUUCGUUCCACUUUGCCACUUCGCGCGAGUCGGUCGAGAACUACAAGGGACAAGCCACAAUCACGCAAAUCACAUCACGCGUCACCGCGACAGGCUUCAGCCUCGAAUACCGCUGCCAGAACUGCUUCAACUGGGAGCAGGACGGCUUCGUCGGCGGUCAUGCCACGACCCAGGGCUUCAUCGUCACCUCGUGGGCCCUCUCCAACAAGGCGCCCGGCAACGCCGUCUGCCCUUCGGCCCUCGUCAUUGAGCAGCACGCGAGCCAGGGCAUCAACGGCGGCGCCAUCACGCCCGGCUUCACCAACGCCAACUAUGCCACCUGGGCCCAGCUCGCCAACAAGGUCGUCACUGGAAACUGUGGCGGCGGCACACCCACCUCCACCGGCGGCGCUGGCCCGACCACAACGUCGGUGCCCGAGACGCCCGUCACGGGUGUUCCCGUCCCCAACACGGCCUACGACUACAUCAUCGUAGGCUCUGGCGCUGGUGGUAUCCCUCUCGCUGACAAGCUCAGCGAGGCCGGCCACAAGGUGCUGCUGAUUGAGAAGGGCCCUCCCUCUUCGGGUCGCUGGGGUGGCAAGCGUGGCCCGACCUGGCUCGCGGACACGAAUCUGACCCGAUUCGAUGUACCGGGUCUCUGCAACGAGAUCUGGCACGACUCGGCCGGCAUUGCUUGCCGUGAUACUGACCAGAUGGCCGGCUGCGUCCUCGGCGGUGGCACUGCCAUCAACGCCGCCUUGUGGUGGAAGCCCUAUGCUGCUGACUGGGACUACAACUUCCCCGCCGGAUGGAAGGCCAGCGAUGUUGCCGCCGCCCAGCAGCGCGUCUUCAACCGCAUCCCCGGAACCACGAGGCCAUCGCGGGACGGCGUCAUCUCCCUCCGUGCCGGCAUGGACGUGCUCCGCAAUGGUCUCGCCGCUGCUGGCUGGAGGGAUACGGACUUCAACGCCAACCCGAAUGCGAAGAAUCGCACCUUUGGAUACACGCCCUACAUGUACUCGAACGGCGAGCGCGGCGGUCCCAUGGCCACGUACCUCGUUACCGCCAAUGCACGCUCAAACUUCAAGCUCAUCAUGAACACCCAGGUAAGGCGCGUCAUCCGCUCGGGCGGUCACGUUACGGGCGUCGAAGUCGAGCCGUACCUGGAUGGCGGCUUCCAGGGCGUCAUUCCCCUGACGCCCGUGACCGGUCGUGUCAUCCUGUCCGCGGGCACAUUUGGCAGCGCCAAGAUUCUGCUGCGCAGUGGCAUUGGCCCGACUGACCAGCUCGAUGUUGUCUCCAACUCGACGCGUGAUGGAUCGACCAUGAUCUCUCGCAACCAGUGGAUCAACCUGCCUGUCGGCUACAACCUCGAGGACCACACCAACACCAACGUUGUGCUCGAGCACCCCUCUGUCCAGUUCUACGACUUCUACACCGCCUAUGACGGCACGGCCCCGUACCAGGCCGAUAUUCAGAAGUACCUGACCCAGCGCAGUGGCAUUCUCGCCCAGUCCGCCCCCAACAUCGGACCUCUCUUCUUUGAGGAGAUUCGUGGCGCCGACAACGUCGUCCGUCAGCUCCAGUGGACCGCCCGCAUGGAAGCCAGCGAGGGCGAGGUAGACGGCACCCUCAACACGGUCGUCUCGACGAUCCCGUACCUCAUCGACACGAACGACAAGGAGGCCGUGAUCAAAGGUAUCGAGAACCUGCAGCGCGCGCUCGCCAACGUGCCGAACCUCAAGUGGCUCCACCCGGCCCCGGGCACGACGGCGCGCCAGUACGUCACUAACAUGGUCGUGUCGCCAAGCAACCGGCGCGCGAACCACUGGAUCGGCACCAACAAGCUCGGCAACCAGGACGGCCGUAUCAACAACGGCGACUCAGUCGUCGACACGAACACGCGUGUCUACGGCACCGACAACCUCUUCGUCGUCGACGCCUCCAUCUUCCCCGGCAUGGUGACGGCCAACCCGUCCGCCUACUUUGUCGUUGCCGCCGAGCACGCCGCUGCCAAGAUUCUCGCGCUCCCCGCCGGCAAGGCCCAGCCCAUCUACCAGCAGUGCGGCGGCCUAGAGUGGAGGGGCAGCUUCCAGUGCGCUGCCGGCCUCAAGUGCGUGGACCUGAACCCGUACUACAGCCAGUGCCUCAACAGCUGA